AUGCCAGAGCAUGAUGGGUUAAUGCGCGUUUUCUGGCCGGUCGACAUCGCGCGGUCAGAGCUUCCCGGUGUCGUCGUUGGAUGGAAGAAUUCGGAUCUCGAUGUUACGGUCGUGGCCAUCCUCGAAGAUGCCGACGUCCGCAAUGUCGACUUUGCGCUCAAGGCGGGCACUCUGUUUCGCAACAGUGCCCACGACAUUGCGCGCAUCUACGAGCUCUGCGGCCAGCCGAACAUGCAUGUCCUUGGCCUCUCCAAUGCGCCAGAGGAACAGCACACAGACUCGUCCUGGGUCCGUGUCACCACCAUUGGUCCCAGUGUCCGUGGUCGCAUUCCCAAGGUCACAUGCGCCCGCGCUUCCAAUAUCCAGUUGAUCCUUUACCAACGGCCACAACCACACCGCAUGCAAUAUAUCUCCAUCCACCCUGUCUCGCUGGCUCUCACGGAUCGUUUAAGCGGCAGUAAGGAUGCCACCAAGAGAAAUCGAGGCAGCAAUGGUACUUGGAAUGACAGCGGGAAAGGCAACCGCAACGGUAAUGGCCAUGGCAAUGGCCAUGGCAAUGGCAAUAUAAAUGGCGCCACCAAGGCCAAUGGUAACGGUACUGGAAACGGCAGCAGUGUUGGCCGCGGGGGGCCGGCUGCGGCAGCGGCUGCACUUUUGUUGGCCGACGAUAUUGAAGCCGAAGACGAGCGCCAGGAGCGCCUCCGCAAGGAGAAAAAACAAAACUUGCUCAACAAGCUUCGACUGCACUCGGUGGUUAAGCACACGUCGUCGCCUAAGGAGCGUGCCCUGCCGCGCAUCGUUAACCAAAUCAACUGGGCCUGGGAACUCGAGCUGCUGCUGCAAAAGAAUGUGUCGCGCAUCGGCACUCGCUCAAAACGAAGCCUUAGUAUGUCAGAGCGCGUGGUCGAGUCCGCCACGACCAUGAAGGACACCAUUCUGCGCUGGAUCUGGGAGCUUAUCAUGCUGUAUGUCGUGCCCGUCAUCACGCGCAUUUUUGUGCUGGGGCUCGUCGGCCACCGCAUUGCCGCCGAGAUGCUGCUUUGUGUGCUCGAGUGGCGUGCAAAUCCGCGCUAUGCUGCGCUGAAGGAUAUAUCGGCCACGGCCCAGCAGGUCGAGAUCCGGCUGCUGCAGUUUUGCUACUGGCCCAUGCAGUAUGUAAAACUACGACAGCGCAGCAACGACUGGGAGAGCGUCACGACAAGCCACCCAGAUUACAUUCGCUUCUACAACAGCCUUUGGCUCGUGGCCAACGACGUCAUCAUUGGCAUCGCCCUCGGCUCCUAUAUUAUCGACAACGCCGGCUGGGUCGCCGACCAGAUCAGUAUGCUGUUGAGUACAUACACCGUGGAUGCGCUGCAGAGCAGUAUUUCGUGGCUGAUGGGCUGGCCAGCCGGCCUGAAGCUCAACACGGAGCUUGCCGCAUUCCUAGGUGACCUGUUUCUCUCGGUCAUCGAAUACUGGUCGAGCUGCAUCGGAGCGCUGCGCCCGGCCCUGCCGCACAUCAUCUGGUUCAUUGGCUUCUCGAGCUUCGCUGGCGCCAGCAUGCCGCUCGCCCUCUUCUCGGACCUGCUCUCCAUCCUAACAAUCCACAUCUACUCUUUCUACCUGGCCUCGGCGCGUAUCUACCACUGGCAGUUGACCAUCCUGAUCUCGCUUUUCCACCUAUUUCGCGGCAAGAAGCACAACGUGCUGCGCAACCGUAUUGACUCGUGCGAUUACGAUCUCGACCAGCUGCUAGUGGGCACCAUUCUGUUCACGUUUUUGUUCUUCCUUUUACCCACCGUUGUUGUCUUUUAUCUUAAUUUUGCGGUUGCGCGAAUGGUCAUCAUCUCGCUCAAGGCCGUCUUUGAUACUCUGCUGUCGUGUCUCAACCAUUUCCCUCUGUUUGCGCUGAUGCUUCGGGUCAAGGAUCCGCGGCGUCUACCAGGCGGCAUCCGGUUCGAGCUGCGCGACAGCCAAAGCUACAAUACGACCAUGUCGGCAGCUGCAGAUGCGACAGACUCGUCCUCGCCGAGCCACCCGUCCACCUCGGUCAUCUUUCUCACGCCCAUCCCCCUCUCCUUCAAGGCCAUGUUCCACCAGUACUUCCAGAUGGGCUCGCGCAUUCGCAAGCACUAUCUGGCGCCGCGGGUGCUGUUGUGCCUGCUGACUGGCAAGUUUGUACCGCCCAUCAACCGCAAGAACCUGUAUAGUCUACAGUAUGUCAUGCUGCCCGGCCGCCGGGCCGGCAUAUGGGAGAUGUGGGAGGCCCUCAAGUCGUUACCACCCCUCAAGACGAAGCGUGUGGCGUAUCCUGACAUCGGCGGUGGUCGGCGCAUGCGAGGCCAGUCUGUUAGCGGAGGCAUUGCAGGCGGCUUAAGCAGUUUCAGCAGUGAGCCGAACAACCGGAGAGCUCGGAGGUGA